CGCUCUUUGCCGACGCAAGCUCUUUCGGCGCCCAGCAAGCAGCGACCCCGAACAUCGGUCGGGACAUGGCGACUGCGCCAACGACCCUCGUCUUCGACAUUGACGACACUCUCUACGACGUCGCCUGUGGCUUCACCACGCAUCGCAACAGCGACGCCGUGUACGACUUUAUGGUCAAGGACUUGGGCUUCGAGAGCUCGGCCGCCGCAAAGGCGCUGCGCGACGAGUACUUUGCUCGCUACCACUCGACGGUCAAGGCGCUCACCGUCGCCGAGGCCGAGGGCAAGCUCCCUGAGGGCGCGUGCUUUGAUGCGGCGGCGCUCUCCGAGUGGUGGGCCACGCGCCUCGACUUUGAGCGCUACCUCAAGCCAGACGAGGCGCUCAACGAGAGUCUCCGCCGCUCGCCGCUCACUCUCGUAGCAUUCACCAACGGGCCGCGGCGCUAUGCCGCUCGCGUGCUCGAGGCGCUCGGGUUGCGCGACCUCUUCCCCGACGAGCGGCUCUUUGCAGUCGAGGAUGUGAUGCCCGCCUGCAAGCCGGAGCCGGCCGCCUUCGCCGCCGUGCUGGAGAGAGUCGGCGCGACGGCCGAGGAGGCGAUCAUGGUCGAAGACAGCAUGAAGAACAUCCGCGCGGCCAAGGCGAUUGGAAUGCGCACCGUGCUGGUGCGCGGCAGGCAGGGCGGCGACGACGCGAGCAAGGCGGCGGCCGAGGCGACCAAGCCGGGCGACGCGCCGCAGGAGGACGACCCCGCGAUCGACGUGGUCAUCGACGCGGCGAACGAGCUCGAGGCGGCGCUGCCGUGCUUGUGGCAGACGCCGGCUGUGUGGAAGCCGCCCGCGAGAUAGACAUAGAGCCCGCCCGAGGUGAUUUCUCCGCGGCCGCGCGCAACCGCAAGCGUGGCCGCCGUGGAGGGGUGAUAA